AUGAACAUCCUUAACCCUACGCCUGAAACCCAAUUCAUGCCUCCACCAAUCCAACGUCGCCACUACACCAAAUCUACCAUGCCUCGCCCCCAAGUCCCCUCCAUGAGAGAAAAACAGCUCGAGCGGAACCGGGUCGCCGCGAACAAAUGUCGCGAAAAACGAAAGCAAGAGCACGCGAAGAUGCAAAACGCCCUGGAUAUCCAGGCAGCCCGGCACAAAAACCUGCAAGCCGAAGUGGGGUUUCUCAAGGAAGAAAUCUGGUAUCUGAAAAACGAACUCUUUGUUCAUGCCAAAUGCGACGAUCAGUUCAUCAAUUCUCAACUUGACGAGAUGGCUAGUCGGUUUACACAGGGUGCGGGCGACCCGACUCGAUGUCCUUCGCCUUCUUUUUCGGUCAGCACGCGGUCGGACCAGUCAGUAGUGGAUCAUGGGACGACGUCAAAGACGGCAAAGGAUGGGGACACGGCCCGGGAAUUUUAUGGUGGUGGGCUGUUUGAUAGUUUUGUCGAUGUACCAAAUAUGUGA